AUGUUCAACGCUCGACAUCCAUAUCGACCCCGUCUACCAAAUCGUCCUAUCGUCGGCUACGGGCAGCCAAUAUCACCGAUUAAUCUUCUGUGGAAAUCGACUUGGCCAUACAAGAUCUCUAACAUCAUCGCUACUUUGUUGAUACUGCUUGCACUCGUAUUGAUUGCUCUCGAAAUUGCAUUUGUGGCUAAAAUGGGAGGAGCAAGCACCGCAAGUGCAUAUACAUCAGGAGUUGGUAUUUGGUGUGGAGUUUUCAUCCUUAUUGCUGGUAUUGUCAUCCUUGUUAUUAAUUGUGUCAAGAACGUACAUAUUUUGACAUUGGUAUCGUUUGGUUUCACUAUUUUAGCCACUUGUUUUGCGAUCAUUGCAUUUUCCAUCAAUGCUUAUAGAGUUCAAUUUUCCGUUCAAUACAACCUUUUCUCGAUUAGCGGCUUUCCUGAACCAAGCCUAGCAGCCGCAGAACUGGCUGUCGCUAUUGUCGCAUUUCUGGUCUGCCUCGCCUUUAUCUGUAUCUAUAUACGCACUGCUAUUAUAAUUUCUCGUAAAAGGAAAGGGCAACAAAAGUUUGAUCCUAUUCAACGAGCCUGA